UUUAAACACAGCCCGUCAACUGCUUGUUUUUUUGGUGUGUUGCAGCUUAAGACAGAAACAGAAAGUGAAACAGAACUACAGUCAGAGUCCGACAGCAGAGAGGAAACACCGACAUCACAGUCUGCCAUUAAUUAUAAGCUUCAGGCACAACUACCGCUGAUUACCUUCAUCAUGGAUGUUCCAAACACAACGAGGAUCGUCCUGCUGGGGAAAACUGGAGCUGGGAAGAGCAGCCUCGCUAACACUAUAUUAGGAAGGAAUGAGUUCAAAGUCCUAAAUUUUUCAGACUCACAAGCAAAUGUUUGUGAAGCAAAGUCUGGAUCUGUCGUUGGAAGAAAUCUCACUUUGAUUGACACUCCUGGUUUUUUUAGCCCAGGAUUUUCAGAGCAGGAGCUGAAGCAUGAGAUACAAAGCUGUGUCACAAAGUGUCCUCCUGGUCCUCACGCUUUCAUUAUUGUGCUCAGAGUGGAGAAAUUCACAGAGCAGGAGACGGCUGUCAUCAGGAAACUGCAGGAGUGUUUUUCUGCAGAGGUAUUUAAAUAUUCAACAGUUGUCUUCACGGAUGGUGACCAGUUACCUGACAGAAUGAGCAUCAUGGAGUUCAUCACAAAUAAUAAGCCUCUGAAAGAUUUGGUAGACAAGUGUGGUGGUCGGUGCCACGUUGUAGAUAAUAAGUACUGGAAAAAUCAGCAAGACGAGUACAGGAACAACCAGUUCCAGGUGACACAGCUGGUCAACACAAUACAGAACAUGCUGAUGGAAAAUGAAGGAGGCAGCUACACCACUGAGAUGCUGAAAGACUGGCAGAGACAACAAGAAGAGCGCAGUAAACCAUCAUCAUUAUCAGCCUCUCUCCACAGAGUCUACAGACUUUUGACCAAAUACACAACCAAAAAAUCUGUCAAAGUCUUGGUAGGUGUAGCUGUGAUCGUUGGUGCACUGCUUUUUUUAAAAAGUGUGACCACAUCGCAGAGCACUGCAGCAACUGCAACGUAAAACACACACACUGAUGUCACAGAGAGAGAAAAAGAAAGAACAAAGAUUUUUACAUGAACUUUGUUCUGUGUGUUUAUUUUAUUUUAUAAGAUUGUAGAUUUGUGUCACGCAAGUGAUUUGAAUUGUCAUGAACAGGUCUACUAAAUAACAUAGUAUUGUUUGAACUAUGCAGUGUUUCCAAAUAUUUUCUGUAUCUUUGUUUAUCACAUUUGAACAUUGUACUUAAUGUGGUGUAUACACAUGUACCUGUUUAUUUAUUCAUUAUUAAGAAAAUUAACCUUUAAACAAACUGUUUUUGUUGAUCACAUAAACCAAGAAAGGAACAAAAAUGGAAAUAAUCUUUUGACCUUUUAAAGGAGGUCAAAAGAGUCUAUCUAGUAUAUCUAGUUAUACUUAUUUUAAACAGUUUAAACAACAGUCUUACAUUAUUAUUUAAAGACUACAUAAAUGUUCAUCUUUAAAAAGCGUGUUAGUAAAAAAAUCAGCUCUUCUAAUAAAGCACAGUUUAUUAUUAGCAUUUAUCAAAAGAAGCCUUUUACCUCUGACGUCAACAAGACUUUAGCGUCCUCCAGUCUUGGUCCAGCUGCAGUCUUCAGUGUAUGCUAUCUGCGGUUUAAAGUAAGACUUGUACAUGCAUGUUGGACUAGUGGGUUUGCUCGUUCUUUAGGGUGCAAGAGGUCCUCAAAUUUUGGAUGAAGUGUAAUUAGAAUAUUGCCCAGGUUACAUACAGAUAAUCAGUAUCUCUUCUGUGGGUCGCUAAUAGUUAUUUCAGUUUUCACUUACUCAGUGAUAGAUAGAUAGAUGGAUAGAUAGCACUGCUGGGUAAAAAAUAAAUGAAUUGGUUUAAUGUGCGCAUGCUUUAGUAACUGACCUUUUUAUUUAUAAAUGAUGUGUUAUUGUUGAAAAACUAUUUCCAGCACUGAGUAAUUUUAAUGAUUUCAGUUUAUUUGGUUUGAUUGUGUUAUCAUCUCAGUGACACUGUUUUUGGCAGAUUCUAAAGUGGAUCAGAAACCAUAUAUUACAAAUGGUUAACUCGUGGCUCAUGCUGUGUGCAUUCACCAAGAUUUUCUUUUUUUAAAAUAUUGACAUGUGCCAGUUUAUUUUUGCUGUAUUUCAAAAGCCUGUCUUAUCUCCACACAUGACAUUUUCAUCGAGGUGAAGGAACAAGUUUAGGAAAACAAUAAACGUUGAGAGGAAGACAAACAAGAUAACAAGAUUAAAGAUUUCAUUGCCCUCACUUCAGAUUUACUGUAAAAGUGUUAAGGUCUCAUUUUACUUUCCUUUUUUUGUCACAAAUAAAGAGCUGAUAAUAUCGAUUUUCUUUUCCUAUGAUUGUGUUUCCUCCUGCACUCGUUCCAUCUCCAGUUUUUCCAGCAACAAAAAUAAUUUUUUAGUCUGUGUUAUUUUUUUAAUGUUAAUGUUGGCCAUUAACAUAGCAUUGUCAAUUUAAAAUUAUUCAUUUAUUCAUCUUCCGGAAGAGAGAGCCGUGCACAGCCCAAAGCCAGUUGCAGAUUUCUAGCAUUAGAAGGCAAAAAUGUGUAUCAUAUAGGUGUUAUUUUGGUCAUUAGCACGUCACACAUAGUUUAGAUCAAAACAACUCUUUCUGGCCUGAC